GUUUAUUGGAAAACGGAAGAUAAUAAGCAGUUUGCGCAUUAAUGUGUGUUAUCUCGGUUGGGAAUGUGAUGUGCAAAGGAAUAUGUGGGAAAGUGUUACUUUAAUAUACAAUUAGACCGUAAUUAUAUAUGAUGGAUGUGCGAAAAUUUGUGUUUAUUAUUUUCUUUGCAACGGUGUAUCUCAUCCCAGAUUCAGACAGUGGCAUGUGGAAUGUGAUGGAUAUAAGAUAUUGGAGGUGCGUUUUGAAGAAAACAUACGUUUGCCCCGACAACGACAUAAGAUUUUAUCUAUACACCCCAGAGACUGGAACCAAACGGCUGAGAAUCGACGUCCGGAACCCCUACGCACUGAAAUAUGCGGGAUUCGAUCCCGAAAAAAAGAACGUCAUAAUAAUUCACGGUUUCAACGGCACGGAAAGUAAAUCCCCCAUGACAAUCAUCCGCAACGCGUAUUUAUCCAGGACAGACUACAACAUCUUCACGGUGGAUUGGGAGCCAUUGACUAUAUUCCCAUGUUACUUGUCGGCCCUUUCCAACACACGGCUAGUGGGACAGUGUACCGCAAAGCUGUACGCCUUUAUCAUGGAUCAGGGGGGAGAUGCGCGCAAAACCACUUGUGUGGGACAUUCGCUGGGAGCGCACAUAUGCGGCAUGGUCAGCAACCACUUGGACCUCAAGCAGCACAAGAUUGUCGGUUUGGAUCCGGCCCGGCCCCUGAUUGACCGCUACGCAUCCAAAUACUUCAAACUGACAAAGGACGACGCUCAUCAGGUGCAGAUCAUCCACACCAACGCCGGAUUCCUCGGCGAGGUCAAUCAAGUGGGUCACGUGGAUUUUUGCGUGAACGGAGGUCGAAACCAGCCCGGUUGCAAGGGUCACAGACUGAGAGUGGCGCGUUGCAGUCAUUUUCAAAGUGCCUGUUAUUUCGCCCAAACAGUUAGGGCUCAAAAGUCAAUAAUAGGCAGACCGUGUACUGCUAAGUGUCCUAAACUGACCAGCAAUUGGGGUCUGCUGCCAGGAAAACCUAUUCCGAUGGGUGAAGACACUCCAUUUGGGAUAUAUGGAACGUAUUGUGUACAAACCAUUUCAGGAAAAGAUUGUCCAUUUGAUUAA